AUGAGCGAGCUUAACACCAAAACAUCCCCAACGACCAACCAGGCAUCUGGCCCGGAGGAAAAAGGGAAAGCUGGUCAUGCCAAGAAGGCUGAAGAGGAAGAGGAGAUUGACAUUGAUCUGACAGCACCAGAAACAGAGAAGGCUGCCCUUGCUAUUCAGGGCAAGUUCCGGCGAUUCCAGAAGAGGAAAAAGGACCCCAGUUCCUAAGUGGCCAGCCUUGUCUCUCCCCCUGAUCCCUUCACCCUCUUUUCCACAGCCCUAACUCCCAUGUAUUUGUGUUUCUUUGUCCCUGUAGCCUCUUGGUAAGGCAAGUUCAAUCCUUAAACAUUGUUUUCUCUGGCACCCUCAAGCUAUCACAGCAGCAGAGACACGAGGAAUGCAUGGAAGGUGAAGACUUGCCUAAUGGUGGACCAGUUGAUUCUUGGUAUAAGGCUGUCCUUGAUCAGUAGCUAUUCCUGCCUUGUGAGGCUGAAGAACAAGAGGCUUUGCGGCUGAGAGGGGGCUCCCCUGACCAGAUGGGAAGGAGGGAAGGGUCUUCCGUGUAGGGUGCCUGAAGGUGGGGCUUAUGCACUGUUCUCCCACUUACAACGGUCACACUUCAGGUAACACGUUCUUUCUCCUUCAAAUUUCUCUACACCUCUACCUCCCACUUCCUUCCCAUGAUCAAAGUUGUAGUGGUGACUAGAACACCCAUUUUCCCCUAAGUAGACCCAAAUCAAGCAGCUUAACCACAUUAGUGCAUGCUCAGUAGAUUAGUUUCCGAAAAAAGGAGGUGUUUUUAUGUUUAGUUUUGUUUUUGUUUUUUUCAUAAUUUAGCUCAGGACCAUAGGGGCAGAUAGAAGUUCCAGGGGACCCAGACAGGGAGGUGAGAUUUAAAUAAGGAAAAUGAAGAAAGGGGGAGAUCUCUGAAGCCACAGGUUACUACGGGCAAAAUGUACAACCUGAAGGGUUCUUGGGCUUUGCUAACCUGCCUACCUUUAACCCCUCCCCAAGUCCAGCCAUUCCCAGAGGCUACACAAACCAAGUGACCCCUAGAGCUCCCACCUGCCCGCUGUGAAGUCAGGGCAGAAAUGGAAUAACCACUCUGUGAUUUUAGCAUGUCUAAUAAUGUUAACAA